UGUGGGCCACAGCUUUUGCCAUCCUGGCCCAGCCCAGCCCAGCAGGCCCAAAUGGGGGUCCACAAGCUCAGUGGGGUCCCAGAAGUGGCAGCUGCACUGAUGAGCCUUCCAGGCAGGCAUCAAACGCCAAAGGUGGGAGCGAAAAUCCCUUUUGGGGAUCUCAGUGUAAGGCAAAACAAGGCCUCAGGAGGCCUUGGGUGUUUGAAGGUAUCGAGCUGACCCCCCAUACUGAGAAAUAAGGAACUUUAAAAGAAGAAUUCUAAUUCACUAAAACUAGUACCUAUGUGUAUGGUUAUCUCCCUUCCUGAAUUACUCAUUUAAUAUCUGACCACAUGCUGCUAAGGGCUUCAUGGAGAGAUGAGAGAGCAUACUUACUCUCACUUCUCUGAAGUCCACACAGCACAUUCCUGGGACUGAUUGUUCCCUCAUCCUUUUAGUUUUUGUCCCCACAAGCUUGGAAGCAAAGAAAGGCAGCAUUUUAAUUUCCCACCCGGAACAGCUGUUUAAACUGACUUUGAUCAGAUGGAUUAGAAUUUGUGGCAUUCACUAAGGCUAGUAGAAAAAGCUAUAUUAUUUUUAAUGAGGAAGAGAAUUCCAAGUAUGACUGUUUUACCAUGAAUUUUCAGACCAAACAGAAUUUCUUUUACAUAUGAAUGGAUUUACUGUACGUAGGGUCAACAACACAGAUUUUUAAAUGGCCUGUAGGUACUUAAUUCUACAAGCUGGUAUCCCGGCCUGAUUGGAGUCAAUGGGAAAUUAAAGCAUAGUUGGGAGACAGGGUCUUGUCUCCCUUCUUUAACAGGCUUCCUAACUCUGAAUUUCCAAAGAAGCCUCAGUUAGCUCUUAAAACACAGAUUACAAAAGCUGGUGUUAGGCAAUUAGUGAUAGAAGUGGUAUUAAAAGGAAGGGCACAUAGGGAACAGUGAUUUGAGAGAGGUGUCUGGCAGCAGUGACAGUGUGGUAGGAUGAGGCAGCAGAAAAUGGAGAAAGAGGAUGGUGGGACUACAGCAGUUUAACCUCUGUUGUUUUUACAGUCAUUUCGUGGGAUAGCUCCUUAUGAAUGUAAAACAAGGCAGGGAAUGUUGGUACCAUUUUGUGAGUGGUGCCUCUGUCAUCAAACCCAUUUUUGUUCCUGUAAAGGUGCUCAUGACACCUCAGGAAACAGAAAUGGUCUCCCCAGGCCAGGGCGGCCAGUCUCUGCGGGGCUGACCUGGGCUGUGGGCUCUGGGCUGCUUGGAAACUCUCCUCCAGACAUGCUGAGAUAGGAAGUGUUUAAUAGCAUAGGGAAAAAAAAAAAUAAUAAUAAUUUAAAAAAAAGUCUUGUCAGGAACCUGGAGAUAUCAAAUAAUCAUUAUGAUAUAUCUGAGUUUUAUUGAAACCCAGGAAACUUUGCUAAAGAAAGUUGUAAAUAUUUUUCUCCUGAGUGACUCAGGCUGCCUCCCAAGUGAAAGCAAAGCCUCCAAAGUUCCAGAGAUAAUUUCUUUCUUCUGCACUGCCCCACUGACUUCCUAAAGCAGACUGAAAAAUUAGUCCAUCCUCUGCCUGCAUCCAGAGAAGCUGGGAAAAGGCAAUGGGCAUUAACUUCAUUUUGUUUCAAGCCUCAUUUUCAGAACUGGACACCCAGCAAAAGUUUUUGGAGUUUUCUGCAUCCAGUACUUGAAGGAAACAUGUAAGUUUGCUGGAACUGUCUCUUCCACUACAAAUCCCACUGUCUCACUCCAAAAAAAGAGUCAGCAGAUGCAGCGUGUAAAAAUGAGCCAUGGUCUAGGGCAGCUCUAUGAGGCAUGUAGCGGCAGAUGGGAAGAUGGCAGGUAGGGCAGUGGCUUCUUACCCCUGUGCACAAUCAGCUACCUCAAUGGCUGCCACAGGACAGGAGAGAGGUGAUUUUACACAGCUUUGCUGUCACCCAUCGUCAUUGGAGUAACCAAGAUGGUCCUGGCAGACUCAGAGGAUGGAUGAGAUAUGAAUGUCAAUCAGUCUGCAGUUCCCUUUUUUUACCCAGCUAACUGCUGACUAAAGUGUAACAAUCCUCAUGUUCUUGUCAGUGUCUGAAAUUUAACGUCUACUUUUAGAACAACAACAAAAAAUAAUUAUAAUGCUGGAUGUCCUCCGACCCCUCAUUAUCUAAAAUGCAAAACUCCGAAGAGAUCAACUGCAUACUGCUGCAGGUUUUCUGCUACUGCAUGGCAGCCUCAGUGCUGCUGCCUUUGCAACCAUCUUAUCCAGAUUACACAAACAGUUUUGUGGGAACAUCAAGUGAUCUCAGACUUUGUUUAUGAAGUACUCCUCAAGACUGGGAAGACUUAAACCCUAAACUGGAGCCAAAAGAACAGAUGUUCCUUUUCCUUCCUUGAGGCAAGAGCCUAAGGGGAAAGAAUAAAAAAUAAAAAAUAAUAAAAUAAAACUAAAUGGGUUCAUUGUAGGAUAGACUCACUGUAUUUGCUUUCAUCUAGGUAAAAUGUCAAAAUUGUUGAAUUCAAAUUUUAAGACCUAUAUAAAGAUACUCUAAAUUCUCUGUGGAGGAGUUAACCAUUUUCUCUGGCUCUAUUUUUAUACACAAAUAUAAAUAGCAAAGAUUGUUCAUGCCUGAUAGCAUCAGAGAAUCAUUGUGCUGGGAAGGGACCACACAAGGUCUCUGGUCCACCCUCCUGCUCAUGGGGGGGUCAACACUGACUUCCAAUCAGGUUGCUCAGGGUUUUGUCCAGACAGGACAAAAAAGGUCUCCAAGGACAGAGACUCUACAGCCUCUCUGGGCAAGAUGAUCCAGUCCUUAAUUAUUCUCAUACUUAUUAUUUUUUACAUCCAGUCACAAUCCCCCAUAUUUCAAUUUAUGACCAUAUCUGAAGGACAAAAGUACUUUCCUGAUUGAUGUCAUAUCUUGAGUGCUGGCUGGACGUUGAGCUUCAUGGAGCAGAUUCAGGAAUAGCUUUUCUAGUGGAUUUAAGAAAAUGGCUGCUGCCUCCAUUAAGUGUUUCAGCUGCAUUUUUAGCAAAAAUAGUCCACAUUUUUAUGUGAGUAAAUAAGCACUGUAGGAAUGAAAGGAUAAAAAAUGCAACCAUAAAUCACAUUCUGCCAUGGCAUCAUAAGUAUAGUUCCAUCAAUGUCAAGAUACAGCUCUGUAUUUUUUUAUUCCAUAAAAGAAGAUUAAAAUGAUCAGAAUUAUGUGGUUCAUCACAUGCAAUUUCUAAUUCUUUAAAUGUUCUCCUUUUCUAGACAUAGUCAUUUUUAAGAAAAGCUCAAGCCACUGACCUUCAUAUUUUUUUCACUGAGUGACAGCAUAGGAGUAUUUCUACUAGAAUAAUUAGUAUGAAAACAUAGUUUGUCACCUAAUAAGUAAAAAAAUAUUUUGAGCAGCUUCCAUAUAAGAAUAAGAAAACAUUUCAAGCAGUCUGUUUAAUAGCAAUGUCAAUAAGUAAUGUAUAUCUAAUUUAUUGCAUUGGUCCUUGUGUGGGAUUACCAGUAAACAAGAGGGUUCUGAUGUGCAGUCCAGCCUCCUUCCUUGCAUGAAGUUUAUCUGUUUGGAUGUGCUCUAGAUAGAUUUAGAAAAACAAAAGUGGCUUGAAUGUUUCUCUGUAGUGAUAAUUUUGAAACACAUAUCCAGAUGGCUCAGCAGUACAGUGGAUAUUCACAGAUACUGCAGGAAGCACUGAGAAGUUAUGGGGAAAAAAAGGCACUAGAGCCUUUCUUAUUUUGUCCAACAAGGCAAAUGGUCUGUUUGGAAGGAACUGAGGUAAUUUGGAGCCAAUUACCUCACCUCUGAAUUUCAACAGGAGUAAAAUUUCCUUAUUAAUACAUGGAUAUUAUUAGUUGUGACCUGUGUUCUCAUUUUAUCUGGAAAUUAGCAUAUUUUUUCUCAUAAAGGAGUGAUCCAUGUUGCUUUUUGGCCUACCAAGGGCUGGUGUUAUUUAGGUGACUAGUUUCUGAAGAUGCCCAUCUUGCAGGAAAGCAGAACUACUUCAAGAGAGGGAAAGGUAUGUAUGUAGUCAGUACCGUAUGACUAAAAAGAAAAGAGAUUAUUUUAAUGCACAAUUAGUGAUAACUUUGAGCUUCUGCACAUAGGAUAUUGCAUAACGGAUAACUCAGAUUGUGUCUGCUCAUAUAGUUUGGCCCAUAACUCUCAAGUUCAGCUCAGCAACCUCAAGACACUUUUUCUACGGACCUGUUGUGAUGCAUUUACUCAGGAUGAUGUCAGAACCAAGGGAGGAGCAAGAGAACACAAUUUCCAAUAUGAGCAACUCCAGGCACAUCCUCAUACUCUAUGGUAUGAUGGGCUUCUUUGAAGAGGAUGGCUAAAGAGAGGAAAGGGUUCCACCUGCAAUACUGCACAUUUGUGUAAGGCCUUCAGCACAGCUCUGCCACUAUGUAAAAAAGGAACUCAAGUCCCGUGUUGCAAUUCUGUGGUAUUGCGGUGAAACGGAGCAUCCCUUUCCUUUCAGAGUUUACAAGUAUUUAUAAGGGAGCCAGCACUUUGCUUCCUUCAGAUCACAAAACCAACCUGCCUGACAACUGCAACUAACAGGCGUUGCGGCAAAAGAUGUCUCACCUACUAUUUGCCAUACUUUCAUUACUUUCCUUUGCUGCCCUUUUGGAAGCCCAGUGGAAACUGAGAGAGAAUGUGUAUGUCAUAGAAUCUGAGUGGAAUGAUGAGACACCACCUAAAAAAAUGGAGCUCACCUGUAACACAUCUGAUGAAGCACUGCCAGUUUACUGGAAAAAGGGCACAGAACUGAAAGGAACUGGAAGGACUCUGAUUGCUGAAGUGAAAGAGUUCCCGGAUGCUGGCAACUACACCUGUCUGACAGCUAAUACCCAUGAAGUUGUCAGCUACGAUUUCUUCCUCAUAAGUAAAAUAGACUCCAAUGGGCAAAUGAUAAGGUCAAUUCUGAAAAGUUAUAAAGAGCCAAACAGGACAUUUUUAAAAUGUGAGGCAAAGAACUACUCUGGAAUUUUCAUGUGUUCAUGGAUGACAGAAAAUGAGAGUCCAAAUGUGAAGUUCACAAUCAGAAGUCUAAAAGGCUCUCACGGAGAUGUCACCUGCAGCAGCCCUGUUGUUCACACUGAUAAAUCAGUGACUGAAUACACAGCCCAGUGCCAGAAAGAAAACUACUGUCAAUUUGCUGAAGAGCACCAGCCAAUUGAGAUGUUCCUGGAGGUCAUUGAUGAGGUGGAAUAUGAGAACUACACUAGCAGCUUCUUCAUUAGAGAUAUCAUAAAACCUGAUCCACCUCAAUGUCAAUGUCAGUAUGCAGGCACAAAUGGAACAGUGACCUGGAUGUAUCCCAGAACAUGGAGCACACCAAAGACCUACUUCCCUUUGACUUUCAAGGUCAAAGUUGAACGUACAAAGAAAGGUGAAAACCAGGUAGAGGAUUAUGACACCGAUGAGCAGUCUAUUCAGAUUCCAGCGAUUGGGCCAAAAGACAAGGUCUCUGUGAAGGCCAGGGAUCGCUACUACAACUCAUCCUGGAGUGAGUGGUCUUCACUUUGCAGAUAACCAGUAAGAGAUCCUAGGAGCACAAUGCUUCUAAAGAAAGCAAAGGAUGAAUUAGGACAAGUAAAUAAGCAUAACUAGAAGAAAAAUCUGCAUUUGAGAUUAUUAAGAAGCCACGACAUAUCUUUUUUCAUAAUAGAUUAAUAUCACCUCUAGCAUACAUCAUGUUAUAUUAACAUGUGUAGUAUUUUGAUGCAUUGCUUUCAGCUAUUAUUGUAGGUUCUGCAUAUUAUUGUAUUGCAUUUAUUUAUUUAUUUAUUACUUACUUGAUAUGAAUAGCAAUGUCAGCUGAUGGCAGCUGCUAGUAAAAGUGCUUCAUCUGUUAAUUGAUACGGAAAGUAACUUACAGAAAGAACUGUUUAUUGUUUUUUUAUUUGUCCAUUUAUUUAAUUAUUUAUGUGUUUAAUUAUUUAAGUAUUUAAUUAUUAUUAUUUAUUUUGUUGAAAUACAUCAGCAUAGAAAGUCUUGGCUGCAUGAGGCAGCUAUGUAUCAUGUAUCUGGGCCAUCUUCAUCUUCCAUUCUGACAGUUAAUAUUUUAGAAGAAGGAACUACAAGUUCAGAGUCCUGGAAAUGUUACCUGCUGUAUUUUGUCAGCUGUUUGUGCUUACAUCAUGUUGAUGGUCAAGCUGGUCAACACUGAAAAUGGUUGUUGGAUGAGAGAUCAACCAUUCCUGAAGCCCAACACUUGCAGCUGAGCCCAAGCUGCAGUGGGAGUGAUGGGAGUGCCAGUAGUUGGCAGGGAAGCAGCUUCAAGGUGCCUGCAUUCAUUCAUUCCAAAGCUGUUGUUAGGAGUCCUGCUGCCACCUUCCAUGAGCAUGAAAGUAAAUGGCAUAACACCUCCUAAAUAAAACUAUUUUUCUUUCAUGCUUGUGAUCAUUAAAGGGCUUUUAUUCGGUGGCCCAUGUCGAGCCAGUGCAUCUCACAGUGGAGUUUUCUGAUAACAAAAUUCACUCAGACCUGCUAUGCCACAGGCACAACAAGAAGGCACAAGUAGUCAGGAAUUUGCAAUGGAAACCAAAGGCAGCUUAAAUUAUUUAAAAGUAUAACUGAAGCAUAUCUGAUAUUUCAGAUAGCAAUUGGUAACUAGUUUUAUAGAUGAAUGUUAAGCAUCUAAGUAAAGUUAGAAUAGUAGAAUACAGAUUACUAUAGUUAAUUUUGAAAUUGCUUCCCUAGUACUGCAAGAUGUGCUAGGUGUCUUCACAGAACCUUAGGAAAAAAAAAUCAAGUCCUAGUUCUGAACUGCUUACAGUGUAAGUCCCCAGGUCUGGAAAAAAACAGAAGCAUGUGUUGAAGCCUGUACGUUUUUGUCAAACAACCUAAAUUGUGACUUUCAGGAGGGCAAAAUACUUUCAAAUAUCUUGGAGGAUUUAGGCCUUAAUCCCUGAUACAGAAUCACUGAAGUUAAGAGAGAUUUCCAUUGUGACCACGCUUCCUUUUUUUCCAGUCUUAGAAAUGGGUGGUAAUUUAAAGUCUUUAAACAUUGAAACAUGGGAAGUAUCUGAUAUUUCAGAAAACUGUGGAUAAUCUAGCUACAAGUGCUGCUAGUAUUUAUUAAUAUUUUGUAUACUUCUUAUUUCUGCUAUAAAUGCAAGAAUUAAAUUAACUU